AUGACAUUCAUGAAAUCUCAUAAAAUCUACACACUGGCUCAACUUCGAUCAGGAGAGAUUGUCUACAAGAGUAAACUAAGAGAAGACAUUCCACAAUGUGGUAAUCAUCCAGAUCAGAAUCUCAAUGUCUACUGCAACACAUGCCAGCAAGUCAUAUGUACACCUUGCUCAGUACUUGACCAUGCAAAACACUCCCUCAUUGGACUACCUGUGGCUUUUGAGAAAUGUCAGAAAAAAGUUAAAGAACUUGUUGCAAGAGUUGGUAAGAGUAAAACAAAACUGAACAACACCAUUGAGAAGACUUGCAAAUCUCGCAAGAAACUGAAUACCAUGUUUGCAAACACCAAAAAGAAAAUCACAGAGAAAGCUAACCAAGAGGUUGCCAAGAUCCGACAGGAGGAGCAGAAACUGUUGAAAGAGACUGACAGGAUUUAUCAAAAAAGAGUAACAACAUUUGAUGCAGCUCAAGCCAAUAACAGCAAAGAUGUGACCCAGACAGAGCACAAGCUGGAGGAGGAAUGUGAUUCUCUACUGGGCAUCACAUUCACAUCGGAUGGUGAGCUGGUAGUGGCUGCACAACGGUCUGUACAGGUCUAUCACCGAGUGUAA